GGUUAGAGUCUACGUGGUGAGGUUUGGAACCGUCAAUUCGGUUGUGCAUUUAUCACCAUGGUCAAGACCCGUAGUGGGAAGAGCACUAGCCCCUACACUCAGGAACAGCAAGAGAAGAUGGCUGCCUUAGUAAGAGAGAAUAAGGAGAGGAAAGAGCUCCUGAAACAAUAGCAAUCGCAGAGGAGCAGGCGGUGAAGAUGAAGGAAUUGGAGGAGGAGAUGGAGAAAAAGAAGAAGGUUGCUGAAGAAGAAGCGGCAGCAGAAGCAGAAGAGGAAAGGAAACGCGGGGAAGAAAAAGGGGAGAGUAGUGGCACGGCAAAGGAGGAUGCUGCGAUGGAAAAGAAGAUCAGCGAGUGGAUUGCUAAUUUAUCGUUGGGGGAAGAUGAGGAGGCAGAGUUUUAUGUGCCCCAGGACGAGAGGGAUGCGUUAGCCAGUGAGCUAGCAGCCAUGGAGGACCCUCUGGAACGGCGAGAAAGAGAAGAAGAGAAGAAGUUGGAAUGGAAACUGAGGAUGAAGAGGGAAAAGAAGAGGAGGAGGGACGAAGUUAAUAGGCUGACCGAGGAGGUGGCAAAAAUGAGAGAUUGUAGACAAGAGGUGCAGGCGCAGCCAAACAUUUCUGCCAAGAUGGAUAAGGUGUUGGAUUAUGUGGAAGUGUUGAGUGCGGCCUGGAUGGAGCAGCGAGUGCCGUGCGGUCAGGAUUUAGAGAUUUCGCGCGCGGUAUGGCCACCCACGUUGGAGGCGAAGUUAGGCGACUGAGAGACAGCAUGGGGAAGUUUUGAGAGGGCGCCAUCGAGGGUGCCAAAGCAAUAGCCGUUGUAGAGGGCGCGGCCAGGCCUCAUAAGGAGCCCGUUAAGCUUAAAUUCCCAGAUGCGUAUGGAGGGAAUAAGGAAGAAAAUUUUGAUAAUCGGGAGGCUAGUGUGAACAAUUACGUAUACUUACAACAUAUCCUGACUGAGGAGCAAGUCCUCGUCGCCUUCCAGGCCCUUAAGGAUGAAGCGGCUAGUUUUGCUAGAUCUCUCGCGCACGCAGCCAGAUGUGAAAACAACAUGGAUGCAUAUUCUAAGAUUACCACCCUUCCUCAAUUCUUCAAAGUCUUGAGGGAGCGAUUUGCUGACCCAACGAGAGGCGUUAGAGCCUCUGACAAGC